CCUCCCUCUUCCUGAGCCGCUGCUCCACUUGUGCGGGAGGCAGCGCCCGCAGCCAGAGUCCAGCCCGCCUCCGUCCCAGACCCAUCAGUGCGCACAGGAGCCUCCCGGAGGAGUACGCACAACAUCAGGUGUGAGGAUCAGAUCCCAGAGUUAGGACGGACCGAGGGGGGCUGUCUUCGAACGCAACACACGCUCCUCCUCGGCAGCAUCCUGAGGAGAGAACCUUCUCUUUCUUCUGGUCAUUUCUUCCCCGCGAUCGAGGUUUUGCAAACAGGUUGCUGCUGUUGAGGCGAACAUGCCGAGCAAGAGCCAGUAUCUGCGCCCCCGGCUGUGCACGCUGGAGAAGGGGGACAACGGCUACGGGUUCCACCUCCACGGGGAGAAAGGUAAGACGGGCCAGUUUAUCCGGCUAGUGGAGCCCGACAGCCCCGCCGAGACCUCGGGGCUGUGCGCCGGAGACCGGCUGGUGUUCGUGAACGGGGAGGACGUGGAGAACGAGAGCCACCAGCAGGUCGUGUCCCGGAUACGCGCCACCGUGGGGCGGCUGGAGCUCGUGGUGGUGGACCCGGACACGGAGCAGCUGCUGAAGAAACACAACAUGAAGUGUCUGAAGGAGUACGUGACCGACGGAGUCCCGCUACCUUUCGACGAGGAGGAGGAGGAGGAGGUGUUAGAGGAGGAGGAGGUGGUGGUGAUGAAGAAGGAGGUGGUGGAGGAGGAGGAGGACACGGAGGUGAAUGGCACAGAAAACACGCAUGAGCGGCGCGCAGAGGUGGAGGAGGUGGAGGAGGUGCAGCAGGAGCAGGAGCAACAGGAGGAACAGCAACAGGAGCAGGAGCAGAAGGAGCAGCAGGAGGAGGAGGAGGAGGAGACACCCAGGGAGUCCACGCCGGUCCCGGAGACUAACGGAGAAAUCCACGGACACGUCCAGAAGAAGCUGAGCAUCAACUCUGAGAAGGAGGUGUGCCCCCAACUGCGACCACGUCUCUGCGUGAUCCAGCGAGGCCCAAACGGAUAUGGCUUCAACCUGCACAGCGAGCGGGCUCGGCCGGGCCAGUACAUCAGAGCCGUGGAUGAGGACUCCCCAGCAGAGAGGGCUGGACUUCAGCCCAAGGACAGGAUAGUGCAGGUGAACAGUGUGUCGGUGGAGGGGAAGACGCACUCGGACGUGGUCGCCAUCAUUAAAGCCGGCGGCAACGAGACCCGGAUGCUGGUCGUGGACCCCGAGACGGACGCCUUCUUCAAGAGGUGCCGAGUGACCCCCACCACCGAGCACCUGACCGGUCCUCUGCCCGAGCCGGUGGUUAACGGAGGAACGGAGGAGAAGGUGAACGGCAGGUCGGACAUCGAGGCCCAGAGAGACUCGAAGGUGUCCCUCAGUCCUUCUCCGUCCAACGCCUCGUCCAACGCCUCGUUCACGACCACUCCCACCAACACCCCACCAGAGGGUUUGAUCACAGAAACGAUCCCGAAUCUCAACCUGAGCCUGCAGCAGGUCAAAGAGCUCGCCCACCAGAAACGCUCCAACAAGAGAGCGCCCCCUAUGGACUGGACCAAGAAAAACGAACUCUUCAGCAACCUAUAGACAAACCUCGCUGCAGCCAAGCUCCACUCAUCAGUUCUUCCAAGGAGACAGCAGGAAGAGCAGUUUUCUUUCUCUUUCUUUCUUUCUUUUUUUUGUUUUUUUUGUAAAAUAUAGUCUUAUUAUUACUCCUCAUGUUAUCGUCAGGCAGAUAUUAUACUAACAAGACAGAUGCCAAUGAAGGAGAACUGUUUGGAAAUGUCCCUGCUGGCCAGAGUUUGGUGCUUGUGGAAAAACGAAGGAGUUGAUCCUUCAGAUUUAUUCUAACACUUAAAAAAAAAAAAAAAAAAAACAGCGUGACAAUCAGUUUUUAGUUCGUUAUCUCUUUAACCUUUUCGACGUAUUUUUAAACGAUUCCAAAAUUUGAUCCUUUCUAACACGAAUCUCCUGUUUUAGGAAACUUACUUAAGGCUUUAAACUGGAAAUAACUAUAUUUUAAAGUGCAUAUAAUGUAUGUGUAUAUAUAUAAAUACAAAUAUAAAUAUAAAUGUGUGCAUCUUAUAUCAUGUAUAUUUUUACACUCUGAAAUGAAAGUGAGCUCGGCUUAAGCGUCGCCAUUAUUCACCCGCUCUUGAUGAUUUAAAUGUGAACUACACGAGUAACUUAUUAGCCAUCGUUGUUACUGUGACCGGCUGCUCACUGAAUGUUUUUAUUGCUCCAAACACGAGAGAGAUUUCCCCGUUCGACGUCUCCUUCAGUCAUUUUCCGAUCAGAUCUGAAGGGACCUGUGCUUUGGUGAGAUUAAAUGUCCAGUAUUGAGAAAUGUUUUUAGACUGAAUUAAGAGUUUUUGUAGCUUUGAGCGGUUUCUAUUCUGUAAUGUUUUUCGGUCAUCGCAGCAUUUUUAUCCUGUUAUUUGAGAAUAAAUGAAAUUAUUCUCCAUUCUCC